UGGAAGAAAGGAAGACAGGAACAUGGUGCGAGCAUCGGCAUCUCUGAUUACUCUGGUUCCGCGUAAGAUUCUGGGCUUGAUGAAACUGCCCUGGUCCCGCAAGCGCUACCCUCCUGGCCCCUUUCGACUUCCCAUCAUCGGAGGCAUGUGGCGGUUUGGGGUCACACUCUCCCUGGAUACUUUCAUGAAGCUGGCAAAGCAAUAUGGGAACAUUUGCACUGUAUGGAUUGGGCCUAUACCUGCAGUCAUACUGUCCGGCUACAAAGCUGUCAAGGAAGGCCUGGUCAACCAUUCAGAUGAUUUUGCUGACCGCCCAGAAACGCCGUUCCUUAAAAGUGCAGCAAAAGAUAGGGGUAUUGUGCUUUCAAAUGGUCACACCUGGAAGCAGCAGAGACGGUUCAGCGUGGUUACUAUGCGGAAGCUGGGGCUGGGGAAGAAAGGCAUGGAGCACCAAAUAGAAGAAGAGGCCAUUGAGCUUGUGGAGAUCUUCGCACGUGCAAAGGGGCAGCCAUUUGACCCAUCCUUACACAUCAUCAAUUCAGUCUGCAAUGUGAUAUGUGCCGUGUCCUUUGGAUACCGAUUUUCUGUUGAAGAUAAAGAAUUCCUGAGGCUGAUGGAAGCCAUUCGGAUUAGCUUACAGUUCGGAGGCAGCUUCUUUCAUGGCCUCUAUGAAAUUCUCCCGUUUGUCAUGAAAUUUCUCCCGGGGCCUCACAAGACGGCUUUGUCCUCCAUGGAGAAGGUCUUUUCAUUUGCGAAGAACGAGAUAGCAAAGCACAAGGAAGACCAGACCGUGCAUGAGCCACAAGACUUCAUUGAUUUCUAUCUAUCUCAGAUGGAGAGGAACAAGGAUGACCCCUACUCUACCUACAAUGAAGACAACCUGGCUCAGUGUAUUUUUGACCUGUUUAUCGCUGGAACAGAGACAACUGCUACCUCUCUGCAAUGGGCACUGCUCCUCAUGUCGACACAUCCAGAAAUCCAAGAGAAAGUCUACCAGGAGUUGGAAGAUGUUUUCGGUUCGUCUCACUCAAUCCGCUAUCAAGAUCGGAAGAAGCUGCCCUACACCAAUGCUGUGAUUCACGAGAUCCAGCGUUCAAGAUAUAUCUUAUUAUUUGGGGUUCCGAGGCAAAGCGUGAAGGACGUGAACCUGCAUGGUUUUCACAUUCCAAAGGGGGCUGUGAUUGCUCCAGAUCUCCGCUCUGUUCUUCUUGAUCCUAAGGAAUGGGCCACACCUAAAAAGUUCAACCCAAAUCAUUUUUUGGACGAGGAUGGGCAGUUUGUCGACAGAGAAGCAUUUCUGCCAUUUGGUGCAGGUGCUCGGGUGUGUCCAGGGGAGCAACUGGCAAAGAUUGAGCUCUUCAUCUUUUUCACCAGCCUGGUGAGAGCAUUCAGGUUCCAGCUACCAAAAGGAGUGAGAGGAGUCCAUAGGAAUCCUAUAAUUGGGCUGACGGUCCGUCCUCGCCCCUUCAAACUCCAUGCUCUUUGGUCACGCAGGCAUUACCCUCCAGGACCUCUCCAGCUUCCUCUCAUUGGAGGUGCAUGGCGGAUUGGAUUGAAGUUUCGUGAAGAUACUUUAAUUAUGAUGGCAAAGCAAUAUGGAAACAUUUACACCAUAUGGGGAGGACCCCUAGCCUUUGUAGUACUGUCUGGAUAUGAAGUAGUGAAAGAAGCACUCAUUGACCGCUCUGAAGAAUUCUCUGAGAGACUAGAGACGGCAUUCCUUAAUGAAGUAGUAAAAGGAAGGGGUAUUAUAUUAUCAAAUGGUCACACCUGGAGGCAACAGAGAAAGUUUGGUGUAGUUACUAUGCGGAAGCUGGGGCUGGGGAAGAAAGGCAUGGAGCACCAGAUAGCAGAGGAGGCCCGUCAGCUUGUGGAGGUUUUUGCACAUUCAAAGGAACAACCACUUGACCCCACCUUGCACAUCACUAAUUCAGUCUCCAAUGUGAUAUGUGCUGUGGCUUUUGGGCACCGAUUUGCUCUUGAAGAUGAACAGUUUCAGAAACUGAUAGAAGCCACUAAUCAUUUCCUAAAAUUUCUGGGUACCCCAACUCAUAUUCUGUGUGAAAUAUUCCCAUGGAUUAUAAGAUAUCUCCCAGGGCCCCACAAGAAGGUCUUGUCCUGCACAGAGAUGGUGCUUUCCUUUGCAAAGGAGGAGAUAGAGAAGCAUAAGGAAAACCAGUCUCUGCAUGAGCCACAGGAUUUCAUUGAUUUCUAUCUACUUCAGAUUGAGAAACACCAGAACAGGAAUGAUCCAGAGUCUACGUUUAAUGAAGAGAACCUGGCUCAAUGUAUUUUAGACCUCUUUCUAGCAGGGACAGAAACAGCCACCAUUUCUCUGAAAUGGGCACUUCUUCUUCUGGCAAAUCAUCCAGAUAUCCAAGAUAAAGUCCACAAGGAGAUCAAAAAUGUUUUAGGUUCUGCUCACUCAAUCUGCUAUCAAGAUAAGAAGAAACUGCCCUACACCAAUGCUGUGAUUCAUGAAAUGCAGCGCUUCAAAUAUAUCUUAAUAGGUGGACUUCCCAGGCAAACUGCAAAGGAUGUGAAGAUACAUGGUUUUCUUAUUCCCAAGACGACUGGUAUCCUUCCUGAUCUGCGCUCUGUUCUUCUUGAUCCCACACGAUGGGAGACACCUGCAGAGUUCAACCCAAAUCAUUUCUUGGACAAGGAUGGGCAAUUUGUGGACAGAGAAGAAUAUCUGGUGUUUGGUGCAGGGUCUCGCAUGUGUUUGGGAAUGCAGCUGGCAAAGAUUGAAAUGUUCAUCUUCCUGACCAGCCUGCUGAGGACAUUCAGCUUCCAGCUGCCAGAAGGAGUCAAAGAACUUAAUCAAGACCCUGUACCAGGGGUUACAAUGAACCCUCAUCCUUACAAAGUCUGUGCUAUUCCCCGCUGCAGGACAUAAUAAAACAUGCAAAUAAUUUCAGGGACUGGCACAUUUCUCUCUCCUUCCUUUCCACUGAAUAUGAUGUUCUGCCUUGACUUGCUCAUUUUAUCUGAAAUUGACAUAAGAACAUAAGAGUCUUCUGGAUCAAAUUUAGGGUACAGUAGUUGUAUACCAGGCAAAGGGCCUUCUCGGUAGUGGCGCUUGCCCUGUGGAACGCCCUCCCAUUAGAUGUCAAAUAAAUAAAAAAUCUGACUUUUAGAAGACAUCUGAAGGCAGCCCUAUUUAGGGAAGUUUUUAAUGUUUGAUGUUUUAAACGGAAAUGCUGUUUACCUUCCCACUGGAGUGGUACCUAUUUAUCUACUUGCACUUUGACGUGUUUUUGAACUGCUAGGUUGGCAGGAGCUGGGACCGAGCAACAGGAGCUCACCCCGCCGCGGGGGUUCGAACCGCCUACCUUCUGAUCAGCAAGCCCUAGGCUCUGUGAUUUAGACCACAGCGCCACCCGCAUCUCUAACCAUACAAGACAAUUAUUGUCCACACAUCGGUUGGUUCACCCCCCCCUCCUGUAUUUUUGUUGGAAGCCACUCAGAGUGGCUGGGGCAAUCCUGCUAGAUGGGCGGGGUGUAAAAAAAUAAAUCAUUCUUAUAUCAUAUUAUUAUACAAGCCAGGAAUUUUUUUUUUGUGGGGCGUGUGUGUCCUGCUUCAGGGCAAAAUGGUACUUUUCUUGUUCAUUUGGCCUGCAUCUUCUGAUAUUCAGCUUCUUUGGAUGGCCUCAGGUUCUAGUACCAGUAUUAGGAGAGAGGGAGCAAAACCUAUCCACACACAUGAUUUUAUACAGGGCCUUCUUGGUGUCGCCCUGUGCAAUGCCCUCCCAUCAGAUGUCAAAGAGAAAAACAGCUACCAGAUUUUUAGAAGACAUCUGAAGGCAGCCCUGUUUAGGGAGGCUUUUAAUGUUUAAUAGAUUAUUUCAUUUCAUUGUUCUGUUGGAAGCCGCCCAGAGUUGCUGGGGAAACCCAGCCAGAUGGGCGGGGUAUAAAGAAUAAAUUGUUGUUGUUGUUGUUGUUGUUGUUGUUGUUGUUAUUACUACACCUCUAUCAUGCCUCCUCCCUGCCUUUAAAGCAAAAUACCUCAUGUGUGGCUUUUGCCCAGAGGGUGCUGCUCUAUUCUGGAUGGUCACUGGAUGGUCUUGGGUCAUUCACAGACUCUUAAUGAAAUUGCUGUUGUUGUCCCAAGUAGGCUUUGAAUAAGGACAUCAGCACAGUGGCGGAGGAAGGCUCUCUGGCACCCGGUGUGGGGCGUCCUGCUCAUAGGGGGGCGUGAACCGCCCACAGUGGGUGGGGUAAACUGCCUGGCGGUGCAAGUGCAGCGCCGAUAUGGACAGCGCACAUGCGGUGCUUGAGUGGUGCCAAUACGGACGGUGCUCAAGCACAGCACCCAUAGACGGUGCAUGGAUGGCGCCCGAGCGGCUAUGUGUGUGCCCUUGGCCACCCUACAGCUUGGGGGGAGGCAGUGGGCAGGCAGCACGGAGCUGGCUGUACUUCCUGGGGCUGGUGGGAGUUGUAGUUCUGCAACAUGUGGUGGGCUAAGGUUUUCCACACCAGGACAAGGUGCACAUUGUGAGCAAGAAGAGCAGGAAAGUACCAAGGUCAGUGAAGCAGAAGGGAGA